UUUUUUUUCCCCAGGAGAGAGGAAAUGUGAAAGGAAGCGUGUGGGAGCCGCCACAUAUUCUCAGCGAGCAUUAAUGGCUGGUUAGUUUGGUUUUUUUUUUUAGGGGGUAAACUGUUGUGGUGUAUCUGUAAACACGGGCGUGCAAGUGAAGGUUGGAGUGUUGGGAGGGGAGGCGACAAUGUCUAUCCAGUACGAGGUAGAGCAGCUGGCGGGCAGCUACGGGGUGGCGGACUCCUUCCCCAAAGACUUUGGCUAUGGAGAAGAGGAGGAAGAUGCCGACAUCGAGGACAGCUCGGCGACGUCCGACAGCAAGCCGAGAAUCCUGCUCAUGGGGCUCAGGAGAAGUGGCAAGUCAUCCAUACAGAAGGUGGUUUUCCACAAAAUGUCCCCCAACGAGACCUUGUUCCUGGAGAGCACCAACAAGAUCUACAAGGACGACAUCUCUAGCAGCUCCUUUGUCAACUUUCAGAUCUGGGACUUCCCCGGUCAGGUGGACUUUUUCGACCCAACCUUCGACUACGAGAUGAUCUUCAGAGGAACUGGAGCCUUGAUAUUUGUCAUCGACGCUCAGGAUGACUACGUGGAGGCCCUGGGGCGGCUUCACCUCACGGUGUCGCGGGCUUACCGGGUCAACCCGGAGAUCAACUUCGAGGUGUUCAUCCACAAAGUGGACGGCCUCUCGGACGACCACAAGAUCGAGACCCAGCGGGACAUCCAUCAGAGAGCCAACGACGACCUGGCGGACGCGAGUUUGGAAAAGCUUCAUCUCAGGUCCGGGUCAGGGUCCAGUGGCAUGGAGUCCAAGACGACUGGGGACCCUUUUCUGCUGCAGCCUUCAUCCGCCAUCCCAGCCGUUGUGACGCUAAUAGGUUUUUACUUGACGAGCAUUUACGACCACUCCAUUUUCGAGGCCUUCAGCAAGGUGGUGCAGAAGCUCAUCCCCCAGCUGCCCACGCUGGAGAACCUGCUGAACAUCUUCAUUUCCAAUUCAGGAAUCGAGAAGGCCUUCCUGUUCGACGUGGUGAGUAAGAUCUACAUCGCCACAGACAGCUCCCCCGUGGACAUGCAGUCCUACGAGCUGUGCUGCGACAUGAUCGACGUGGUUAUCGACGUCUCCUGCAUCUACGGCCUGAGGGAGGACGGCAGCGGCAGCGCUUACGACAAGGAGUCCAUGGCCAUCAUCAAGCUCAACAACACCACCGUGCUCUACCUGAAGGAGGUCACCAAGUUCCUGGCGCUCGUCUGCAUACUGAGAGAGGAAAGCUUUGAGCGCAAAGGCUUGAUAGAUUACAACUUCCACUGUUUCCGGAAGGCCAUCCACGAAGUAUUUGAGGUGGGCGUUUCCACGCAGCGCCCGGUCGGGACGCAGCCCCUGGGCUCGCCAUGCAACAAGGCAGUGGCGCUCAACGGCACGCCGCGCAACACUGUGUAGGAUCUCCAACGCAAGAAGAGGGCGAAGGAAGGAAGGAAGGAUGGAUGGAACGCUCUAGAAGGACCAGGGGGAAGACUUUCACUGUCUUUAACCUCCAACACCACUCAAGUGGCCAAAGGAAUGAAGGGGAGGAGCCAGGACUAAAAUUGCAACCUAGACUUAGGAAGGACUCUUUCUUUGGACAAUAGCUGCAGGUCCGAUGGAGGGACCAACGGUCAGUGCAAGUCAUGCACACACUCAGAAAAAAAACUAAACAAAAAGAAGGAGGGUCACUCUGGAAGAUGACCUAUAGGAAGCUUGUCUGCAGCAACCAGCUCGCUCUCAGCACCUCUCACCUCACCCCUAUGCUGCCCGGACCGUGGUCUCACUCGUCUCAAGGGAACCACCCUAAAGGGAUCGUGUGCGUGUGUGUGUGCGCGUGUGUGUGUGUGUGUGUGUCGUAUUGCUGAAAGAAGGUUUACAGAGACUCACUGUCCCUCUUCUUAAUAAAACCUAAUAAUACUAUGAUUUACUGUGUGAACAUGUUUGCUUACACCACGCCACGUUUCGCAUUGUAGAUUUUCUUUUUACGAACCAAACCAGUCACCUUAAAAACUGUGACGUAUGAUUGAACGAAUGUGCUGUGACAUGACGUGUGAAAAUAAAACCGCUAAACCACU